AUGAAGGCGUCUCUCAGAUUCAGCGCAGCGGCAUUGCUGGCUAACAGCGUCUGCGCGCAAUUCGUUCCCGCUCCAGCAGACCUCAUUCAGAAGCUCGGCUUUGCGAACAUUAGCGUGCGAUACAAGGAAGUUCCAGCAGGCAUUUGCGAGCUCGACCCCAACGUCAAGAGUUAUUCGGGCUACGCCGACAUCGCAGAGGAUCAGCACAUCUUCUGGUGGUUCUUCGAAGCGCGGAAUCAAGACCCGACCGAGGCACCUCUGACCGUGUGGAUCAAUGGCGGGCCCGGUUCAUCUUCGAUGAUUGGACUUUUCCAGGAAUUGGGACCUUGCGGUGUAGGACCCGACCUCAAGCCCUUCAAUAAUCCUUACUCCUGGAGCAAUGCAAGCAACAUGCUGUUCAUCGAUGAACCUUCUACUGUUGGCCUCUCGUACAGCAUCCCAAUUCCAGCUUUCCAAGAUGAUGAUGGAAACAUCGUUCAAUUGCCGAACGCGACAUGUCCAGAGUAUGCAGAGGCAUAUGGCACAUGUGGAACGUACUCGAAGCCAUUGAUCCAGUCGGUUCCGAACAAGACUGAGGAUGCGGCAUCAGGGAUGUGGAAGACCUUGCAAGGCUUCAUGGGGGCAUUCCCGCAAUACUCCAGGAAAGGUUUCAGCUUCACUACUGAGAGCUAUGGCGGACAUUACGGACCUGUUUUCAACGCCUACAUCCUCGACCAGAAUGCUAAGAACAUCUCUGGUACCCAUCACAUAAACCUCGAAAACGUCCUCAUCGGAAACGGCUGGUUCGAUCCCUUGAUCCAAUACGAAGCCUAUUAUAAGUUCGCCAUGGGUGGUAACACAUACGACUACAUGCCCUACAACGCCUCAGUUAUCGCUGAAUGGACAAACAAUCUCUAUGGCGAAGGUAAUUGUCUCGACCGCACCCGCGACUGCCGUGCCACUGGAUCGAACGCUGUCUGCUCCGCCGCAGACGACUUUUGCUACAACAAGGUCGAGUAUCCUUACGACUUGUACUCGGGCCGCGAUGAAUACGACAUGCGCGAACUGACCCCAGACCCAUUCCCCUACAGCUACUACGUCGAAUACCUCAACACAGCCGAGGUGCAAAAAGCCAUUGGCGCGUUCCAGAACUUCAGCGAGAGCUCGAGGACAGUGAGCACAGCAUUCGGAAACACGGGAGAUGACGACCGCGAAUCCGGCACCAUUGAAGACUGCCGUAAGCUUCUCGAUGCUGGUGUUCAGGUAAUGCUGUACUACGGCGAUGCAGACUACAACUGCAAUUGGCUUGGCGGUCAAGAGGUCGCGAAAAUGAUCAAUGCAACUGGCUAUACCGAGGCCGGCUUCGUCAAUAUCUCGACAUCGGACGGCAAAGUGCACGGGCAGGUCCGACAAUCCGGCCUUUUCUCCUUCAUCCGUAUCUAUGAAUCUGGACACGAAGUACCCUUCUACCAGCCAUUAGCCGCGCUUGAGAUCUUCCAACGCGCGAUGAACCAGAGUGACAUCGAGACAGGCCAGAUCUGUGUGAAGGAUGAAGCCGGAUACAAGACAGUCGGCACGCCCACAAGCGACUUCAGAGAAGGAAACGCGACAAUCCAGUUCGAGGUUACGCCGAGCAAUGCGACGUAUAACGUGGAGUUGGACGCGCCGGAUGCGGUACCUACAUGGGCUGCUGGCGUUGGUAAGAGAGGUUUGAACGCGAAGCGAGAGAUGAAGCAGGCGAGGAGUUUCUUGGGUAGGCCGAGGAAGUCGAAGGGUGGGAAGAGGCCCGCUUGA